GUUCCAUCGCCUCCACGCAUCUGUCUCUUCCUCUUUCACAGGGCAGACGGGUUGACAUUUCAGCAGCAAACGACACCGCACAUCCAAAAGAGACACCCAUUUUACCGUCACCUGAACGCAUAUAUGCACCAUGGCGGUCCGUUGCCAAUUCGAAAACUCAUCCGAGAUCGGCGUGUUUGCACGCCUCACCAAUUCUUAUUGCCUCGUCGCCAUCGGAGGCUCUGCCAACUUUUACGGCACAUUCGACGCAGAGCUUGGAGACCUCAUUCCGGUAGUACAUUGCUCGAUCGCUGGAACGCGAUUAGUCGGAAGGCUCACAGUUGGCAACCGGCAUGGGCUGCUCGUACCCAGCACGACGACUGAUCAAGAGCUGCAACAUUUGCGAAAUAGUCUGCCGGACAGCAUUGCGAUACAGAGAGUGGAGGAGCGACUGAGUGCGCUCGGAAAUGUAAUUGCUUGCAAUGAUUACGUUGCAGUCGUCCAUCCAGACCUUGAUCGGGAAACGGAAGAGAUUAUCGCAGACGUGCUGAAGGUCGAAGUAUUCAGGCAAACAGUAGGCGACAACGUGCUGGUUGGGUCGUACGCAGCCAUCACCAAUCAAGGCGCGCUGGUACACCCACGAACCUCGAUUCAGGAUCAAGAUGAGCUCUCCUCAUUAUUGCAAGUCCCGCUCGUCGCAGGGACAGUGAACCGCGGUAGCGAUCUUGUCGGCGCAGGGUUACUCGUGAAUGACUGGGCAGCGUUCUGCGGGUUUGACACGACUGCAACUGAGAUCUCAGUGAUUGAGGCGACGUUCAAGCUCUCAGGGCAAGAGAGCGGGCGCGUCGUCAACGAGCUUCGCGAUGCUCUGGUCGACACCUAUGCAUAGAGAAUUGUUAUUGUACUGACACUACACAAGUGCAUCUCA